AAGGCCAUCUCGAAAAAUUGUUUAUUUUGUACAUUUUUCAUCCGAGUGCAAUCCUGGACAUAAGUGGCUUCAUGGGAAGGAGAGAAGUGUAAACAAGGAUUUAAAGUCACACCUGGUAAUCAAACUCGGAGCUCUUGCAGAGAAGGCCUGCCACUAACUAGCUCACUGUACCAAUCCGUAGCCCCUUUUUCAGGGAGAAAAUGCAGCCUUUGCAUACCACUACAUAAACUGCUAAAAAUCCCUUUUAAAUCAAACUGGGGCAUGCUCUGCAAGAUCGUUAAGGAGGACAAUGCUAGACGAGUCAUUUGUUCAGUCCCUAUAUUUUGCCCUAUUCAUCUGCUCGAUUUCAAGCCUAUGUGAUAAUCCCAAAGGGCUUGCUGGUGGUCUAAUAUAUAUUGUUUAUAGUGAACUUACUCUUUUUAAUGACUAAUAGCUAUGACACAAGACAUUAUAAUGAACAGCUAUUCACAGAAAACAAACGUGGUCAUGCAAAUACAUAGGAAAGUGUCCAGAAAAAGAUCAAUGUUGUCAGGCGAUGGGAGAAAGCUGUAUUCGGAGGCUAAGUAAUUUUUGCCCAUUUUGGGUUUGAAAGAGCAACCUUUCACUGGUAAGACGCUAGAACAAAUUCCGCAUAAUAAUUUUUUUUUGUUUUUGUUCAUAUUUUUAGUUGACCAGUGCCAUCAAACAUUCAUUAGAGGAAACAGGAGGUCUCCCUAGGGAUGGUCCCUUGGGACUGGAGAUAUACCUAUCAGAUACACAGGAGAACCAAGCUAAUAGUGGUAAGGCUGUGCCAUCAGUAGGUCUCCCCAGCCUGGAUGCACCAGAUUUAUAUUUUUCAGAUGAAGAGUCUUAUGUGUCCUGUUUGGAGAAUGUUGUUGAUGAUGAUAAUGAUAAUGAUAAUGAUAACGGUGAUAAUGAUUAUUAUGAUGAUGAUGCUAGUGAUGUGUUUACUGACACAGUUGGUUCUCUUGAUGACAAAACUAAAAAAUACCUAACAACGUGGUUAUAAUGAUAAACUCAGAGAAGUUUGCUCACUAUGAUUCGUGAAGUGAUCCUUUAAAAACUUCCACCGUAAAAUCGGAAUAAGAAUCAAUGUUAACUUUCCAGAAUUAGCCUUAAACAAGUUUGCCUGAGAAAUUAGAAGAAGGAAACUUAUUAAUUUGUAUUUGUGAUAGCUCAGGCCCUGUUUAUAUGGAGAAAAGUUGUCCCGGAAAAAGGAAAUGUAGGAAAAAGUGGCUUGCCCAGGGUAGCUUGCGUUCUCGAGUGAGCCUUUUGCCUUGAACAAGUUUUCUCUAUAUGGACGGGACCUUAGUAAAAACAGUGUCGCAAACAGUCGCAGUUUACUAAAGCUGGAUCGCAAACAAUAUGCCCCAGUAAUUUUUUCAACCUCUCAUGUUCGUUCCUUCUUAGUCACCCGUGAUCACAAACCAAAUGCAAGACAGGAAUUUCUUUCUGUCUUGUCUGCAUUGAGUUUCAAUAAUUAUUGAAACAACGAAGAAAGAAUGAGAAAAAAAACUCGGCAGGCUUAGAUGUAUUUCUUCACCCUGUCCCUUUCAAAGGCCGGCCGCAAAGGCUUAAAAAAAAGGUUUGUGUUCCUCGAACAAGCUCCAGCAAAACUCAAAUGCUGCUUCAAAAGAAGAAUACGUUCUACGAAUAGUGACUGUUUUGUGGUAGACACGUCGACCAAUCAGAGCUCCCGACCAGAUUCCGGAAAGAAUUAACGUCAUCAGAAUGGAUUUCUUUCGCUUUUGCGCAGACGUCUCUCCUGGCGAAAUGUCCCAAGCGGCGAGGAGUGAGCAUAGACGGCUGUUUUCGCCGGCUGGUGCAACUGAUGCCUGGUGGAGAGUGCUGUCCAGUGGAUAAUCGUUAAGAGAAACCAAUUGCAUUAUUCACUGGGUACAGCCUUAUUCUGUGUAAAUACUAACCACCCUUUGAACAACUGGGGCCAAGUUGACCGGCAUUAGUGAACUUACGUAACAGGACGGGAGAGGAAAGAAGACGGCAAACCUUGUGUGACAAACGUGACAAUAAUUUUGCUUGAAAUAACUUUUCGCCAAACUUCACUUUCUUUUAAACAGAUCUUUUUGUAAAAGACCCGAAAACAUUGAUGUUAGUCAAGAUCACGACAAAACACGCAAGUUAUAGCCUUGUCACGUUUGUCACACACAAGCGAUUUGCCGUCCUCUUCUUCCUGCGGUCCUGUUGCGUAAACUCACUAUUAACUGGAGAGGGAUGCCCAGUGUCUUGCUCAUUGGGAUGCGAACAAAUACAUUGAAUCCUCGAUGUAACGAACCUCUAUAUAACGAAGUCCUCGGUAUAAAGAACGAUUUUCUUUACCUCAGUAAUAGCAAAAUAUAUGAAAAAGAACCACGAUAUAACGAAACCUCUUUAUCGCGAACACAAUUUGCUAGUCCCGUGGCACAUUGUUGUAUCGGUAUUUAGUAAAAUCCAGCUAGUGGUCUAUUAUCAAUGCUGCGUACUUAUUGGUUGAGCUACUACUAGGCUUUAUGUUAUAGCCCACUAGUAUUCUCGAUAUUUUUGACCAACUGUUGGAUUUUACUAAAACAAUUAUUCCUCUCGCCCUCAUGGCCUCUGCGUCAAUAGCCCAUUCGGCCUUCGCCCUCAUGGGCUAUUGACUCAGAUCCCAUUCGGGCUCGAAGAAUAAUUUAAUACCUGGUAGCACAUCAGGCGAGAGAAUAAUGCGAUCAAUGUUUGCGACGCUGUCACACAUUUAUUAAUCCCAACGUAGUAAUGAAAAUGUCCAGUGAUAUUAGUAAACUCCAGCGAAAUUGAGAUACUAAAAUAAAUAAUUUAACAUAGUCAUAUAGUCUAUAUGCAGUAAUAUCAUUCAAAAAAUACAGAUCUAAUCCUUACAGUAUCAAGUAUUAAAGUACGUAAUGCUUUUGUUUUGUGUACAAAGAAAUCUAUCAACCGCUUAAAAUAACAAGUAUUAAAAUUGUUAUAUUAAACCAAAAUAAUUUAAAAUGUGACUGCAUAAACUGAUAGUGUUAUCUAUCUUUCUGUUAGAUUUCGUGUGAGAUUAGCCUGUUUGUAAAUUUCGUGUAAAAAGUGUAAUCUGAUAUCGUAUAUGUAAUUUAUAAUUGAUUGCCUUUUUUAUUUUAUGUGGUACUAAAUAAAAUAAAAUAACUUAAUAACUACCAGUGUGUCGAGUAAAAACAAUCCUACCGUUUUUGUACAUAAGGGUUUUACCCGAAUAAGCCGUGGCUUCCGGCCAGAAUUGAUAAGGAUUCCGAUAAGCUGCUCAGGCCUAUUGGUAACCAGAGUAGAGGGAACAAGUAGGGAGUACUUAACAAGACAAAGGAAAAGACAUAAGAGUUCAUUAAGAUGCCCUCUAGCCUGAAAAUCAGGCGUUUCUGGGUGGGGGUGGGGGGAGGAGGGGGGAGGAGAAGAGAAAAGCGAUAACGGGAGAUAGCGAAGGGAGAGAAACCUUUCUCCUUUCUCUGUUUCGUCCUCCUACCUCUAAAAUCUCCUCUCCCCUGGUCACUAAGGAAUGCCCGAUACUCAGGCUAGAGUUUCCCCCAGAGACCCCCCCCUGCGCGCCCGACUACCCCCUUACUCUUCCCCUUUUAACGCCUUUCACGCAGGUUAGAAGAUCCCCUGCUUUACCUUCCGCCGGUUUUUUUCCUUCUCUUCGCUGCUUUCUGUCUGCGUCUGCCAACUAAGCUUGAUGGAGUAGCCUGCCUAACAAGCGUUAUUUUUUUUCACGUUUUUUAGGCGAUUUUUGCUUCACGCUUUUCUUCGGUCGCUUGAAAAGGACGAAAAGACAACGCCUGUUAUACAGGCCACUAUAUCUGAGACAGGCUGUUUCGACGGUCUCGUGUCCCUUGGUAAAAUGGGGCGAUUCGGGUGCGUGUGGAAACUGUGGAGAGCGCAGCGCGGUGAACGCGUUCGCUGCGCGUUGAAAUUUUCCGUAAUAAAACAUAAAGGAAAUGAUCUUGAAGUACUAGUAAAAGAGGCCUUGGUAGGUUAGCAAAUUCUCCUCAUUAGUAACACGGGUAUAAAUGGAGAAAAAAGUGGAGACUGUAUAUGUUAAUGGUAGUGGUUUUUAAAGGUUAAGUUGUGGUAACAACGGGAAUGACCUCCACACUGUUUUCAUGUAGUGUGAAAGAGUCUUUGCCGUUACCUUCGUUACCCUCGUACUGCUUUUACGGGGAGAAGUUAGAGUUUGGACAAUAUUAGUUGAUGGUGAAAGGAUAGUUGCGAUGCUGCGCAGAUCCAAAGCGAGAUUCUCCUCCCUUGUUAGUGUACACGGAGUAGCCUAUUUUGUUCUCUCUUUUUUGUAGCUAACACCGGAAAAAUCCUGGCGUUGUCAACUAGUGGAUUGAAAAGAUCUAGUUACGUUUCCAUGGAAUACCCGAUCGUGGACACGGAGGAGGUCGAAAUUGAAGUUGAAACAAGAAAAUGGAGUUCUUCUUCUGACCAGGCUGCGAAUGAAGCGAGAAAAUCGCACAAGAAAUCUCACAGCCUCGGUUACUUCAAGCGUCCAGGGUUUUUGUCAACAAAAGAUCACAUGGAACUUGAGCCUAUUCCAGGGACGAGCGAAAGUUCGUCCGACUUACCCCGACCUUGCUCGUCGGAAGUCAAUGUUCCUUCGGAUAACACCGAUGGUAUGGAGUUAUUAGCGACAAGUGUUAGUGCGGAAGGAGUGUUGGAUCAUAGAUUUUAA